AUGUCCAACAGAAGACACGACAUCAUCAUUGACCGACCACCAUAUAAAAGAGAAUCUCCGAGCAUCGAGGAAGAGGCAAAGAUCACAAACAAAAGAUCUGCCCUCGGUGAUAUUACAAACAGACCAUCUUCUUUUCACCCGAUAAAGAUAAAGCCAACCAACAGUGCUGCUGUUGUUGUGGCUGUUUCUACAUUCGAAGAUAUUCAGAAAAUGGAUUUAAAUAAUAAUAAUAAUAAUAAUAAUAGUAAUAAUCAUCAAAAUAAUAAUGGAGUAACUCUUUUACAAGAAAAUUUACAAGAAAAUAAUAAUAAUAAUAAUGGUCGUCCGUCACCAAAACAUAUUGGCCACACUGAGCAAGUUAAUUCAAACUCAGUGAUUGGUUUACAACAACAACCUCACCAAACACAACCACAACAACAACAACAACAACAAAAGCAAUCACUGCUUCAAAUCACAUCCAGCACUGUCAUUUCUCAUAAAGGUGUUUUUUCGGUUGGCGCCACCGCGGUAACAGCCAAACCAAAUCAUCAACCAUCUCAGCCACCAAAACUAACAUUAGUCAAUAGUGUAAUCACCCAAGAUUCGAAUAAUAAUAAUAAUAACAACAAGACAUCAUUAUUGGCAUCAACCGAAAGAAUACAUAAUAACAGCAACAACAAUAAUAAUAAUAAUAGUUUUCAAAAUAAUAAUGUUAGGAGUGAAGUUGUACAACCUUCAAGAUCAACCAAUAAUAACUAUAAUUUAACACCACAAAACAACAACAGCAAUAAUAAUAACAAUCGAAAUAAUAAUAAUACUAAUAAUAUAGUAGUAAAUCCUUUUUUAAAUAAUAAUAAUAAUAAUAAUAAUGCAACAGUAAUAAAUAAUAAUAAUUCAAAUAGUGAUAAUCAAAUUAAUAGAAAUAAUAAUAAUAUUGUAUUUGGUAAUCAAAUCAUUGUAGAUCGACAAACAGAAUUUCAAAUGACAAUGGCCCAUCAUAUUUGGGGAGAUUGGAGUUCAUUUUAUCAAUAUGACAUCGAUAUGGAAGUAGAUGGCGAUCCAGUCUAUUGCACAGAAUACAUUCAUGACAUUCAAGAUAAUAUGAGAAAGAAUCAAAUUAAAACUCAACCAAGAGAUUACAUGCCAUUUCAACCGGAUAUCAAACCAAAUAUGCGUUCGAUUCUAGUCGAUUGGAUAGUGGAUAUCGCGUUUGACAUUAGAAUCAAGAAUGAAACGAUAUUCCUGGCGAUCAACUACCUCGAUCGCUAUUGUUCCGCCGUCAAGGUCAAGAAAGACCAAUUCCAGAUGAUUGGAGCAGCAUCGUUCCUCAUCGCCUGUAAAUACGAGGAGGUGCACGCACCCACUCCACACGAGGUAAUUUCGCUGGCCGGCAACUACUUUUCGAUCGACCAACUGUUUGAAGCAGAGUCGCUCAUCCUAAAGGCCAUCGAUUUCCGACUGACCGCACCCACUGUUAAAUUCUUUUUGUCGCGGCACUUGCGUGCUGCCACCACCGCUGAUCCUCGCGUAUCGGCACUCUCCCACUUUUACGGUGAGCUCUCGCUGAUGGACUACAACCUCGUUGCCUACCUACCAUCGUUUGUGGCAGCGGCCUGUGUCUAUCUGGCAAUGAUCACCACCAAUCACCCAUGGACUUCGACGUUGUCCUUCUACACCCGAGUAUUGCCCGACGAUCCGUUUUUCAAAAAUGUUGUCCGACUAUUAUGGAAUCUUCACCGAAGCGAAUCUACUCUUUCCACCAUCAAGAACAAGUACAAAGACCAUCUGGGUGAUAUCCGUCCACUCCCAGUUAUUCCAUAA